UUAGUAAUUUUAUAGUAUAUGUUUACACACUUACACCACUAUGCUUUUAUACUUGUGUAACUUUUCAUACCAAAUUCUAUAUUAUGUGACAUUGCUUUCAAGAGAAAAAGAACUGCAUUUUGUUUCCUCAUAUGAUCAAACCCGGUAUAUGAAGUCAUAGCAAUUCAGUUUUCUGAUUUGAGUUUGUAUAUGUUCCUCUCUUAUCCAAUGGAACUCAAAAAAGGUUUACUGUUUUUGUUGUUGUUGGAGUGUGUUUUUUGCGAUGUGGAAUCCAUGUGUGUGAAGGAAUGUGAUGUAGCUUUAGCUUCCUACUAUAUCCUUCCAGGAUAUUUAACCGUAGAAAACGUAACGGGCUGGCUGGAAUCAAGCGUUUUGUCAAAUUCUGACGUUAUAAAAAGCUACAAUAAAGACAAAAUAAUCAAGGAUAAUCUACCAUCCUUUGAUAGAAUCAAUGUUCCAUUCCCCUGUGACUGUAUUCAUGAAGAAUUUCUGGGGCAUGUGUUUGAGUACUCAGCUGCUGCAGGUGACACCUAUGAUUCGAUUGCCAAAGUGACAUAUGCAAAUCUCACCACUGUUGAGCUUUUGACGAGGUUCAACAGUUAUGGCCACGAUAUACCUCAAAAUGCCAAGAUUAAUGUGACUGUCAAGUGUUCUUGUGGGAACAGCCAGGUUUCAAAAGAUUAUGGGUUGUUUAUUACCUAUCCGCUCAGGCCUGGGAAUAAUUUGCAUGAUAUUGCCAACGAGGUUCAUCUUGAUGCACAGUUGCUAGAGAAAUACAAUCCUGGUGUCAAUUUCAGCAAAGACAGUGGAAUUGUUUUCAUUCCAGGAAGAGAUCAAAAUGGAGACUACGUUCCCUUGUACCCUAGAAAAGCAGGCGGAAUUAAAAAAAAAAUCAGUGCCAAGGAUGCUGCUGUUGGAGUAUCUAUAGCAGGAAUAUGCGGUCUUCUGUUAUUAGUAGUUUGCAUAUAUGUUAAAUACUUACAGAAGAAAGAAGGAGAGGAAGUUAAAUUGCCAACAGAAAGUUCUAUGGCGUUUUCAACUCAAGAUGGUACUGCCUCUGGAAGUUCAGAAUACGAAACUUCAGGAUCCAGUGGACCUACUACUGCUAGUGCUACUGGCCUCACAGGCAUUAUGGUGGCAAAAUCAAUGGAGUUCUCAUAUCAAGAACUAGCCAAGGCUACAAAUAACUUCAGCUUGGAGAAUAAAAUUGGUCAAGGUGGAUUUGGAGCUGUUUAUUAUGCAGAACUGAGAGGCGAGAAAACAGCAAUUAAGAAGAUGGAUGUACAAGCAUCAACAGAAUUUCUUUGUGAAUUGAAGGUCCUAACUCACGUUCAUCACUUGAAUCUGGUGCGUUUGAUUGGAUAUUGCGUUGAGGGGUCUCUUUUCCUUGUAUAUGAAUAUAUUGACAAUGGAAACUUAGGCCAAUAUUUGCAUGGUACAGGGAAAGAUCCUUUGCCUUGGUCUAGUCGAGUGCAAAUUGCGCUAGAUUCAGCAAGAGGCCUUGAAUAUAUUCACGAGCACACUGUGCCUGUGUAUAUCCACCGUGAUGUAAAAUCUGCAAAUAUACUAAUAGACAAAAACUUCCGUGGAAAGGUUGCAGAUUUUGGGUUGACCAAACUUAUUGAAGUUGGAGGCUCCACGCUUCACACUCGUCUUGUGGGAACAUUUGGAUACAUGCCACCAGAAUAUGCUCAAUAUGGUGACGUUUCUCCAAAAGUAGAUGUAUAUGCUUUUGGAGUUGUUCUUUAUGAACUUAUUUCUGCAAAGAAUGCUAUUCUGAGGACAGGUGAAUCUGUUGCUGAAACAAAGGGCCUUGUAGCUUUGUUUGAAGAAGCACUUAAUCAGAGUAAUCCUGGAGAAGGUAUUCGCAAAUUGGUGGAUCCUAGGCUUGGAGAAAACUACCCAAUAGAUUCAGUUCUCAAGAUUGCCCAACUAGGAAGAGCUUGUACAAGAGAUAAUCCACUACUGCGCCCAAGUAUGAGGUCUAUAGUUGUUGCUCUCAUGACACUUUCAUCACCUACCGAGGAUUGCGAGGAUGGCGCUUCCUAUGAAAAUCAAACUCUCAUAAAUCUACUAUCUGUCAGAUGAAGGUUCUUUGUAACAAUUACACCAUGAUUUUAAUAACUUUUGCAACCACCAGUGUGUCAUGUUUGACAUGUUUGUACAUGAAUGUUGUUUGGAAUUUUGUAUAUGAGUUUUGCAUGUUAUAUAGAACAUAUUUCAUUAAU